AUUCCUCUCUCUCGAGACUACACUCUCUUGGAUAACUACUGUAAAUUUCCCAAGUAGACUUUGCCUCGUAAUUCACCUCUGGUGCUCAUAAAAUCACCAAUAGCGAAUUCAAAUUCUUACCAUCCAAACAAUUCAAAAUUCAUGUCCUAUUGUGCUAUCCCGAAAUAAAGAAAGAGAACACAAGUCGCCCAUCAAGUGUAUAUGGUGCCUAACAGUCCAGUAAAAUUGUCACUACCAGAACCACUUAUGAAAUCUAGCCAUACAUUUCAUCUCCACCCUUAAUUUGUCACAAUUCCUAUUGGUGCCGCAAGUGGCAGCUUCUCUGAUCUUGGCAACGCCCUGCACGCGCUCGUGCCCCUUCCGACCCCUGCCUGUCUGUUCCUGCCCCAUUCACAACCUANAUCACCUUUGAUGCUGGGCGACAUUGUCGCGCCUCCGAUCGCCUAUAACGACACUUCACUCUGGCAGUCUCCACCACACGGCCAUGGCACCCGAGGACAAAACUGAAGGUAGUGGGUCAGGCCGCCCUCCCACGGUGGGUGGGGCCCACACGCUGGCGGCCAAUUACCUCCUGACGCCAAAAUCCCACCAGCGGACCGAUUCGUCCUACUCCAGAAACUACUCAUUGUUAGACAUCUACGGCACAGAAUCUCCCUUGGAAGAAGGCACAGCCCUGCCUGAAAGAGGUCUCGACGCCAGCAUCAUGAAAGAGUUGGACAGGCUCGACUUCCACGAUACCGACAACUCGUUGACCCUUGACGAGCCCGAAAUCGCCAGCCCUAUCACCAUUGCAUUCGACCGCAAGAGCCAGAUCCAGCCGAUAAGCCCAGACAACAUCGACGGACUCUUGAAGUCACCAUACGACCGCUACGGUUUCAAAAAGGCCUCUGCCCACCACAGCACCACCAAAGAAGAGUACAACGAAUGGUUCAAAGAGUACUCCCAGUACUCGCUCCGUCGCAAGAAGAAGUGGCUCUUGCUCAUGAAAUCUAACGGCCUCGGCCUCGACAACGACAAUGCCAUUCCCACCAGGUUCCCUCCCAAAUCUGACAAGGUCAAGAAGAUGAUCCGGAGAGGCAUACCUGCUGAAUGGCGAGGCAAUGCCUGGUUCUUCUACGCUGGUGGGAAUGAAAAAUUGAACAAACAUGUGGGUGUUUACGAUAGGAUCGUCAAGGACACUGCCGAAGUCCAAAACAAGGAUACAGAAGUUAUAGAGCGGGACUUGAACCGGACUUUCCCUGAUAAUAUUUAUUUCAACGACAUGCUAGGAGCGGAUCCCGGAUCGUCCUCCACCACCAUUAAUACAGACUCGCUCCCAACUGCAGAAACAGGUAUGAUUAAAUGCUUGAGGCGAGUGUUGGUGGCUUUUGCCCACUACCAGCCCCAAAUAGGGUACUGCCAAUCGCUCAAUUUUUUGGCAGGCCUUUUACUAUUGUUCAUGGAAGAGGAAAAAGCAUUCUGGAUGCUUGUGAUUUUGACAGAGCGAAUCAUUCCAAAAGUCCACUCGGCAAACUUAGAGGGUGUCCACACAGAUCAGGGUGUUUUGAUGCUCUGUGUAAAAGAAUACAUUCCUCAACUUUGGAGUAUUCUUGGAAAGACAUUCGAGGGAGAGACCCUUUCGGAGGACAAAAUUCUCACCAGGCUUCCGCCAGUGACUCUCGUGACUUCCUCGUGGUUCAUGUCGUUAUUCGUAGGAAUUUUGCCUAUUGAAACAGCCUUGAGAGUGUGGGAUAUAUUGUGGUAUGAAGGCUCCAAAACCAUUUUCAGGAUCUCGUUAACUAUCUGUAAAAUGUGCCUUGAUAAUCCAGAAUUCCAGAAGGCUCGUGGCACUUCGGGUGGAGGUGCAGAGAUGGAUCAAAUCGAGUUAUUCCAGUUCAUGCAAAAUUUUCCGAAGAUUAUACUUGAUCCAAACUUUUUGGUUGACAAUUGUUUCAAGAAAAUUGGUGGGUAUGGUUUUGGAUCGUUGCCCCAGGAUGAAAUUAACAAUUGUCGUGAGUUUGUCUCAAAACAGCGAAGUAAGUUGAAUAGCAAGAAAACUUCGAGUCUUGCUACAGAGUUGACAGAUGAGGAGAGAAAAACAUUGAUAUCGAGCUCAGGUAGCUCCUACAAUGAUGAAGAUGGAAGUAUCCACGACGUUUACGGGUUUCAUAGAUCUAUUAUGAGUGGGGUGGUGUGGAAUAAGAAUAUGAGCAAUAAGAUGAAGAAGAAAUUCUCUAAAAGAUUAAAGUGAUCAUUUUUCUAUUCAGCUCCGACUUGAAUGUGUUAAAAAAGGAAUUCUAUAUUUUUCCGUCUAAUUCCUACUCGUUCGUUUAUGUCUUCGUUAGAAAAUACCUUCUAACCUUGGCUGUUUGCAU